AUGCCUUCAUGGUGUCAAGGUUCUGGACAGUAUGACUGCAUCUUCAUGAGCACAGAUGAUAUGAAGGAAGGAAUGCUCAGCAUGGAUGUUGCUCAAGUUUUGUGUCUUUUCUCUUUUGUUCACACCAAUGGCCAGACAUUCCCAUGCACACUGAUCCAUUGGUUUGAUCAAAUCACUGAUAAACCUGACAAAUUGACAGGCAUGUGGAUGGUUACACUGUCUUUUGUGGAGGACAGCUCACACCUCACAGUAAUACAUAUUGACAGUAUCAUUCAUAGCAUGCAUCUCCUACCAAUUUUUUGGGACAAGUAUCCACUGUAUGUCAACUGUCACAAUUUGUUGGACAUAUUCCAUGGAUUCUAUGUCAAUCAUUUUGCAGACCAUCACAUGUUCAAGCUGGCAUCAUAA